GGAUUGCAACUGCAGAUGGGAAGGCGAUGUGAAUGAGGUGUCCAGUGUCCACCUAACGAACGUCGCAGAUCCCUUGUGCGUUAAUCCGAUGCUGACGAUAUAAAAUUCGCACUUCGAACUUACGACUUCCUAACUCGUCUCAGAGAGAGAGAGAGAGAGGGAGAGAGAGAGAAGGGGGCAGGCAUGAGUGCUUCAUACCUAGCGAGGAGGGCUGCUCAGAAGGAGCGGGUGAGGAUCCUCUACAGAAGGGCUCUUAAAGACACUCUCAACUGGGCCGUCCAUCGCCAUCUCUUCUAUCAAGAUGCAUCCGGCCUCAGAGAAAAGUUCGAGGCCAACAAACAUGUGGAGGAUCUUGAUACCAUUGAUAGAAUGAUUGCUGAUGCUGAAGCAACCUAUAACAAGUGGCGGCACCCUGAUCCUUACAUUGUUCCUUGGGCUCCUGGUGGUACCAAGUUUACGCGAAACCCAACACCACCUUCUGGGAUCGAGAUAAUCUAUGGUUAUGGUCGUGAAGAUAAUGACUGAAACCGGCAUGGUAUUCUGUGGUAAUUGGGAUCCAAGCUUCGAUGACUUUGAUUUUCUCACUUGCAUGUGCCAUCUAGGGCUUCAUGUUUUGUUGAUGGACUAAGUUUAUUCCAUAUUUUCCCAUUUUAUUUUAGCAUCAACUGUUAAAGAUGAGAGCCAUAAUCGUGCAGGACCUGUUACAAUUCUGCAGUGUAAAUGCUUGUGCAUGAUCCUUGGGAAAUGUAGUCUGUCUGAAACCAGGCCUACAAAACAAUUCCGUUAACCAAACAGCGUCGUUAUCCAUCUCUUGGUUCAUUAUCUAUUAUUCAUUUUUUUC